AUGGAAGAAUCCAAGAGAUUUUUAAAACAAAAUAAAUUUUGUAAUAAUCCCCAGGAUGCAAUUAAUUUUAAUAGUAAUUUAAUACAUUUAAGUUCAAAAGAAGUUUUGGAGGCGGAACGAAUCGUUCAACAACAUUUGAUACGUGUAAUGAAAUCUAAAUUAGAAAUGGAUCCUGAACAAAUUCCGUUUAUUAUCAAUAAAUAUAAACAAGAUUCAUUUCCAAAUUAUUUAAAAAGCAAUAAUCUUCAAGAAAUGAUUAAAAUUUAUAAUGAAGAACAAGUAGAUGUUUUACCUCGGAAUAUAGGAUAUCUCUUUGCUGCAUAUAUUAAAGGGGAUAACAUAGAAGGAGCAUUUAAAUUAUUAGAAAAUAUUUAUUUGGGACAUUUUAAAAUGGACGGAUUUUUAUAUCGAAUAGAGAAAUAUUUAACACCUAGAGAAUUAGAUAUAGCCAAAUAUGUAUUAAAAGAAAAUUUUGUUAAACGAGUUAAACCUAAUUCACGACAAUUUACCGCUCAUUUGAAUAGAUUGUUUAAAUUAGGAUUAAAUCAUCGAGCAUUUUCUUUAUAUGAAAAAAUUUUAGAAUAUGGAGUUGAACCUAAUGAACAUACUUAUGGAAUAUUUUUAUCAGGAUUUUUUAAAAAUAAAAGAUAUAAAUAUUGGUUUCGCAUAUUAAAUGAUAUUACAAAUCAAGGAAUUCAAUCAUCAAUAAUAAUUUAUAGUCGAUUAAUUUGGGCAUUUGCUAACGAUGGUAGAAUUAAAGAUGCAGAAAAUUUAUGGUAUAGAAUUAAAAGAGAAAAUAUUAAAUUAGAUGAUGUUAUUUAUCGUACAAUGAUGAAUGCAUAUUUUAAGGCAAAGAAAAAACGGGAAGCCAUGCAUUUAUUUAAUCGUAUGUUAGAAGAUCCAGAAAUUCCGGUAAAUGAAAAAACAUAUAAUUUAGUUAUUGAUGGAUUAUUUUGGAAUAAUAGUCGAGAAAUAGCAUUUAAGGUAUUCGAAGAAAUGAAGAAACGAAAUGUUUUACCAAAUUUAAUAACAUAUAAUAUUUUAAUUAGAGGAUUAUUAUAUUAUAAAAAUGAUUCAUUGGUUAUGGAAAUUUUACAAGAGAUGAAACAAUCAAAUGUUCAACCUGAUGUAAUAACAUUAACCACACUUUUGUCACGAUUUUUUGCACGAAAAGAUAUGGAAAGUGUGAAAAGAAUGAUUAAUAAUUUUGAACAAUAUGGAAUUAAACCUAAUGUUAAUACAUAUGAAACAUUGAUUGGAGGAUUAAUAUCUAUUGAUGAUUUAAUGGGUGCACAAAUAGCAUAUAAAGAAAUGAUUAAUGGAGGUGUAAUUCCUAAUAUUAAAAUUUAUAGAAUGAUGUUAAGACUUCAUUUUAAACAAAAGAAUUUAAACGAAGCAAAAGAAAAUUAUGAAUAUAUCAAAUAUUUAAAAAUAACACCUACAUUGAUAUAUUUUAAAACUUUAAUAUUAGGAUUUGUUGAAGCGAGAGAAUUAAAAACAGCUCAAAGAUUUUAUAGAGAAAUGAUUUCACAAAAAAUUAAACCUUCGAUUCCAAUAUUUAAAAUAUUGAUUAAUGGAUAUAUCGAGAAUAACGAUUUUCAAGGAGCACUAAAAAUUUGUUGGGAUGUGAAAAAAAGUGAUCACAUUCCACAUGAUCCAGAAUUAAAAAGUUUAUGUCGUGAAGUUGAAAAAGUAACAAAAAAUCCAUUACGCGAAAAUCGAAAGUUUUCAUUUUAA